CUUUAUCUAUAUUGUUUAUUAAACACAUCCGUGUUGGCUCAGGAUUCCAUUAUUCGUUGGGACUGAAAAGUAGAGCAACGUUCAUGCACUUACUCUACAGUGAUUAUGUCAUCCCGUACAGCCUCCCAGUCAACCUUUCACCCACUUUCUCUCUCACACACUGACAACAGCACCCGCAUUUGUGUUGACGGCGCUCGUGGGGAAGAGGAACCCUAGACAAAAUAUUACAUAGAGUUGGUGGCCCUUUCUGAUCUGGAAACAUAGCCUAGUUGCCUGGAGGGGACCAUUCAGAAAUGUGGAUGAGUACAAUUGCACGUCUCGCCCUGCCUGCCCUGCAGAGAAGUACCUCUUCUAUGGCCUGCCAGGCAUUGAGGGCUUGUCGUAGACCGGGGCGGGCUGCAGAUCCACUACCCUCUCGUCUGACUUCAAUGCAGCUUCGUGGGCAGCAGACACUAGGGUCUGCCUCCCUCCCUCUGGCUUGCCACUCAGUGAGGCAUGUCCGGGCUCUGGAUGAAGAGAGGAUGAUGGAGGUGGAGUGGGAGGAUGGAGGCCAAAGUCUGUACCCAUUCACCUGGCUGAGAGACAACUGCCAGUGUCCACUGUGUACCCUGGAGUCUGCUCAGGCCCGGAAACUGUUGAUGUCUGAUCUUGAUAUCCACACAGGAGUCGACGUUGUGGAGGUCACCAAUGAUUACAAGGUGUCCAUUGUGUGGCCCGACCAGCACACCAGUGUGUUUGACGCAGAGUGGCUGAAGAAACGUUGCUUCUCUGCUGCUGCCAGACAAGCAGUGCAAGAAGAGCUUUUCCUUAACGAGCGUUAUUAUUGGGACUCCAAACUGCGUAUUCCCACGGCCGACUACCAGGAAGUCCUUCGUGACGAUAAGGCGGCGCUGGCCUGGCUCUUGGCCCUGCGACGUGUUGGCAUCGUCUACCUGAAGGGGGCUCCGGGAGAGCAAGGCCAAGUGGCCAGACUAGCUGAGCGGAUUGGUUAUCUCAGGCUAACAUUCUAUGGGCACACGUGGCAGGUCCAGGACAAAUACAAUGCAAACAAUGUAGCCUACACUUCAGGAAGGCUCAGUCUCCAUUCCGACUACCCCGCAUUGCACUUCGCACCUGGAGUGCAGUUUCUGCACUGCAUCACCCAGGCCGAGGAAGGAGGGGAGAGCGAGGUGGUGGACGGCUUCCACAUGGCCGAGCAGCUGCAGCGAGAAGACCCAGAGGCCUUCAGGACGCUCAGCUCGCUCCUCGUGGACUACACCGACACGGGGACGGACUACUGCGACUUCAUGCUGCAGUCCAAGAAACGCAUCAUCGACGUCACUGCCGACGGCCGAGUCGAGAGGAUAAACUUCAACAACGCCACCAGAGAUUCGGUGCUGGACCUCCCCGUGCAUCAGGUGCAGCCCUUCUACAGAGCGCUGAAGGCCUACGUGGAUAUCAUGAACCGACCGGAGAACGUAGUCACCUACAGAAUGAUGCCAGGCGACAUAGUGACCUUUGAUAACUGGCGUCUGCUGCACGGGCGAAAGAACUACAUCAGCCGGCCCGACAGGUUGCGACACCUUGAGGGCGCCUACCUGGACUGGGAUGAGGUCAUGUCUCGCCUGCGGAUACUCCGCACCUCAGUCCACGGGAACAUUUGAGCUCCGAUUUAGAGGUAAACGAGUGGCUUUAAUCCGCCAGUUAAGCUCAGCGUUGCUCUCAAACGCCGAGGGCAAAGUGCAAAGACAUUCAAGUAUCUGACAACAAGUCGACAGCUAAAUCUCUGAAUUCUCUCAAGUCAUCAAGCAUCCAAUCUGAAAUGAAAUUUGAGGAAUUACACAAUGAUUCGGAGUGAGGAUGCUUUCCGAAGUCAGCUACAUUUAAAUGAUAGCAACUUUCUAAACAUGUAACAUAGUGCAACACUUCAAUGCAAAGAUUAUGAAAAACACCUUGCUUUCAAAUGUUUAAGGUGCUUUUGGAUUCAGUCAUAGGGACUAGUGACUAAUAAGUUUGAUAAGCUUAAAUUUCCCUGAGUACGGCACAUGAUUAUUUUUAAGAUAAUUCAUCACGCCCAGUUCUCUGGUUAAAUAUUUAGCAACCUGGCUGCCUCAAAAUACCUCUCUAUUAUCUAUGUAACACACUCUAAUCACAGACUUAUGUUUUUCAUGACAAUAAUACAUUUCAACGUAUUGCUCACCAGUCUAUAGUAAACUGUUGGAUAUAUUACUGUAUAUAGGGAGUAGUGAACGUGGGAGUGAGUUCAGACAGAGCCUUUAUGUAAAGUUUUUUUUUCUUACCGCCUGCAACACUAUCUUGCUACCUCUCCUGUUCAAUCCUGUGCCUAAACAUUCAUUCUGUAGAGUUGCAGUCUGAAGUAAAAUUGCCUUAAGUACAGUAGCUGCAAUGCACUGCAGUGUGAAGUUUCUGCAGUUCAACCAAAAUUACAAAGACAUGUGUACUGUCUACUUAACCCUAGUGGCAUCUGGCCAAACAGAAAAGUUUGGGUUCCAUUUUCCCUCGCCACUGUUGCACUAAAUGCUUGCUCUUGGGGGAAUUGUUGGGUCUUUGUAAAUUAUAGUGUGGUCUAGACCUACUCUAUCUGUAAAGUGUCUGGAGCUUGUUAUGAUUUGAUACUAUAAAUAAAAUUGAAUUGAAUUGAAUCGGCUGAGGUUUUGAGAUACAGUGUGCCGUGUAUGUCCAGUGAUGCAUUUCUAGAUUUAGGAUUGAUCAAUAUCGCCACAAAGCUGAAUACCAGCCUGUUAAUUUUUGCUAAAAAAAAUUUCAGAGGACAGAAAAGAUACUUUUGAAACUCCUGCUAAUGCCUUAAUGUGCCUCUAUACAGGAUGAUUGAAAAAUCACGUUGCAAAAACUUGACAGCAAGUUAUCUUUCCAGAAAUGAUGCCCUGAUUAUCUGUAUAAUCCACAGAUGUCACCGUGGAACUCUUUAUCAAAGGGAAACUAUUAACUGGGAGUUCUGUGCAUUAUCCAGACGUUUAGAAAGUUAAACUGAAUGUUUUAAGUGGCACACAUUACCUUUUUUUGACCCCCAGGAGUUUCAGACAAAGCUAUCCUGAGCAUCCAAAAUCCAUAACUAUCCACAUGGCUACCAUGGUUAAGUGAUAAAAUAAUUUUUUUUGUAAUACAAGUAAACUGAUCCUUCAAAUAACCAUAAACUGUUUUGAUGAUGUUCUUAAACGGCACAAUGUGCUCAUGUUUCAAUACGGUCAGUUGGGGAUGGAUGUAUUCUGUAUUCUUGCUCACUCACUGCUGUUACUGAAAGAAAAUAUUUCGUCUUCAUCUUCUUCGCUAGAAAACCCUACCACUUUAUUUCAUUUGUAUGUAACCUAAAAAAA